AGUCCACGUGGCUCCGGACUCUGAAGCAGCAGCUCCGGAAUGUCCCUUUGCACCUAAACUCCAGAUCACAACAACGGAGCAAAAGGCCCCAAGGGAGAGGGGCCCAUCCGCAAGCUCUGUGGUUACGGGGGUGCAGGGCGCAUGCAAACCCCAGGGCCAGGAGCAUGGGGAAAACUAAGGCAGGCUCUGCACGGAAAUCUCGGGGGAGAAGCCCAGCUGCAGCGUCUCCGGCUGCUGCCGCCCACUCCCUCCGGGGGAAAGAGAGCAGUCGGGUAGGCAAGAAGCCCGCGGCUCCCCGGGAGAGGCCAGGGGAGCCGCCGCCGCCGCCUCCCCCGGCGUUCUGCCUGUUCGAUCUGGGGGCGCAGAGGGAGCGCUGGGUGAAGUUUCAGGAGAGGCAAAGCCUGACUUGUGAGGAGGCAGCCAGACUCCUGCUGGACACCUUUGAGUACAGAGGCCUGGUGAAGCACACAGGAGGCUGUCACUGCGGAGCUGUCCGCUUCGAGGUUUGGGCAUCAGCAGAUCUGCACAUUUUUGACUGCAAUUGCAGUAUUUGCAUAAAGAAACAGAACAGACACUUCAUUGUCCCGGCUUCCCACUUCAAGCUGCUGAAGGGUGCUGAUAACAUAACAACGUACACCUUCAACACGCACCGCGCCCAGCACACAUUCUGUAAGACCUGCGGCGUGCAGAGCUUUUACACUCCUCGUUCUAACCCAGAUGGUUACGGAAUAGCCCCGCACUGCCUGGAUGAGGGCACUGUGCGCAGCACCAUCAUGGAGGAGAUCAAUGGCAAAGAGUGGGAGAAGGCCAUGAAGGAACAUAAGACCAUCAGGAGCAUGUCGAAACCAUGAUACAGCCUCAGUAUCCACAGGGCUCAGCUUGGAGCACUGCCAUUGGCAGGCCACCACGUAACCUCUUAGUUCAAGCUCUCCUGUGCCAGGCUGUUCAGGAAGUAUGUCUUUUUUGUUUUUUUAAAUAAAUCUUUCUGUGCUGCCUGUU